UGUCUUCCUUUUUAACGCCGGAAGUCCCUCCUCUCUCCUCCCCGUUCUCUCUCUCCGUUCAAACUCAAAACACGCACACACACAAAUCUCAUCAAAGCCCUAGCCAGUUCUUGACGAACAUCACCAUCAUCUUCUUUUUGAUGAUGAACAUCUCAAAUCCAUUUUCAAAGCAUAAGCCAUAGUAAUAUACAGUUGUUUGUACAUAUAUACACACAUAUAUACGUAUUGGCGUAUAUAGCAUUGAUUGGAGAUAUUGGUUUGGGGGUGAGAUGGGGGCGGUGACGUCUACAAUGGCGGCGAAGUUUGCGUUCUUUCCGCCGAAUCCGCCGUCGUACAGGGUGGAAGCGGACGAAUCGAAGGGGAAAUUGAGGAUGACUGAAGUGGCGGAGAAGGAAAACGUGGACGUAUUGAAGCUGAAAACGAAGAGAGGAAAUAAAAUCGUUGCAGUUUACUUUAAGAACCCAGCGGCUUCUCUGACGGUGCUGUAUUCGCAUGGGAACGCGGCUGAUCUAGGCCAGAUGUACGAGUUGUUCAGUGAACUCAGUGUUCACCUACGAGUCAACUUGAUGGGGUAUGAUUAUUCAGGCUAUGGGCAAUCUUCUGGCAAGCCAAGUGAGCAGAACACUUAUGCUGAUGUAGAAGCAGCAUAUAGAUGCCUUGAAGAGAAAUAUGGGGUAAAAGAGGAAGAUAUCAUAUUAUAUGGGCAAUCCGUUGGAAGUGGGCCCACUUUAGAUUUGGCCUCCCGUUUAUCGAGAUUGAGGGCUGUGGUUCUUCAUAGUCCAAUCUUGUCUGGACUUCGAGUCAUGUAUCCGGUUAAGCGGACAUUUUGGUUUGACAUAUAUAAGAAUAUCGAUAAAAUAUCAUUGGUGGAAUGCCCUGUUUUGGUAAUCCAUGGAACUGCAGAUGAUGUUGUGGACUGCUCCCAUGGUAAGCAGCUUUGGGAGGGUUGUAAAGAGAAGUACGAACCACUAUGGAUUCAAGGAGGGAAACAUUGUGACUUGGAGACCUAUCCAGAGUACAUCAAGCAUCUGAAGAAGUUCAUAUCUGCUGUGGAGAAAACAGGGCAUUUGAGGAAUGGAUCUGGAUUGCAUUCAGAUCAUUUGGAGAAUCCUCGCAACAGCACUGAUUAUAGAGACAAACCUAGACCAAGCAUAGAUGUGAGAGAGAAAUCAAGAUUAAGUACUGACUGGAGAGAGAAGCCAAGGUUGAGCAUUGAUCAUCGAGAGAAACCAAGAGCCAGCACGGACAAGAGAGAAAGAUCACGAAAGAUUGCAGAUCACACUGAAAAAGCAAAUUACAACUCAGACCAGCCAGAGAAAGCAAGGAACAGCAUUGAUCGGUUGGAUUAGACUUAGUUGGCUAAGCGUGUCUUUCCAUUUUUUUUUUAUAUUCUUUAUUUAUUGCAUUGUGCCCAAAGUGGCAUAUUAAGUAUAAAUACAAAAACUGUCUUUCUUGACUGUUGAAAUCAAAUGAUGACAGCUUUGGAGAUAUGAUGAGAUCAGCUGUAUGGUGCAAUAUCGACUGUUUCAAGCCUACCGGAGCAAGGGUCUGAGGAAUUGAAAAAGGUCAGUGUACAACAUCAGAUUUUAUCUGGUUACUUCUGUUUUUCUAUCGGUCAAUUGUUUCGAUUGGGCAAUUGGAAUUAAUUUGACCAGGCUGAUUUUGUGUCUGAUGUAAUCUGUCAAAACUAAUAAAUCAGACACAUUUUCUCCUUCCUUAAUUGGAAUGGCUGUUUCUUUUAAAUCUCCUCUUUUUAUUUUAAGUUCUACUUAUAAUCUGACCAUGUCACAACUUAAAGUGUUGGUGGAAUGAUGCAUUCCUGCCUGUAUAGUCUGCAACAAAACGAACAAACUUUUUUAUUGACAAGACCAACAUUGAAGAAACAUCUUCUGGGAGCAAUUUAUGUACUCUGUCAUGGGUUCUUUUAGAUUUCCCCAAUGAUGAUGCUUGUGAAAAAUCAUAUUUAUGUACUACUGUCAUGGUUUUUUUUUUUUUGGGGG